GAGUUUAUAAGGUGCCGUUGUCCUUGCUAUGCACACUUCAUCAUUCCAACGGGCCAGUCCUUUCUUUGAACACAUUCGUUCCGGUUUUUACUACCACCUUCACUCUUUACCUUACAUUCAUUUUUCGUGAUCAGGCAUCACCAGCAUAUAUUUGCAAAUCAAGUCAUUGUACAUAUCACACCGACAAAACACUUUCAAACUUCAAGAUGUUCACCAAGGCCAUUUUCACCAGCGCUCUCCUUUCCGCCGUCUCGGCUCACCAGAACAUGCACCAGCUCUGGGUCAACGAUGUUACUCCUGGUUACCAGGUCGGCAUCCGGAUGCCACCUUCCAACAGCCCCGUCACCGACGUAACCAGCGACGACAUUGUCUGCAACGUCAAUGGUGCCAAGGUCCCCUCCGGUGUUGAGACCGUUGCUGCCAACGAGGGUGACACCAUCAAGGUUCAGUGGGACCAGUCCGGCCACCCAGGUCCCAUCACCCACAUGCUUUACGGACCCGUUGACGAUGCUUCCCAGGCCACUGGUAUCGGUGCCGGAUGGUUCAAGAUUGACGAGCUUGACAACGUUGACGGAAAGUGGGCGAACGAGAUCAUGGGCGCCAACAACAUGACCCGCGAGUUUGCUCUCCCUACCGGUCUUGCCAGCGGCGAGUACCUGCUCCGUUCAGAGAUGUUGGCCCUUCACGGCGCUCAGACUGUCGGUGGUGCGCAGUUCUACAUUGCCUGUGCGCAGCUCAAGAUUACUGGUACCGGUAAGGAGGGUGCUUGCGGACCUACCAUUGAGCUUCCCGGUGCCUACAAGGCUGAGGACGACAACAUCUACAUCCCCAACGUCUACAACGGCUUCGACGCGACCACCUACAAGGCUCCUGGUGGCCCUGUCGCUUCAUGCGGUGGUGCCGGUGCUGCUAAGCCAUCUUCCCCUGCUGCCAACUCGACCGUCGCAGCUCCUACCUCUGCUGCCGCUGCGCCCACCUCUACCCUCGCCGCUGUCUCCUCUGUCGCUGCUGUUGCCGAGACCAGCUCCGCCGCUCUCCCUACCCUCGCCCCCGCCCGCCCCUCGAUGAACGCUACCAUCCCCAGCGCUUCUCCUGUUGCCCCUACCACCUUCGCCACUCUCCUCCGCCCUUCAUCUGGCAUCGCCGCCCCUACCGGUGCUGUUCCCUCCGGAACUGCUGGCGUUGCUAAGCUCUACUACCAGUGUGGUGGUGCUGGAUACACCGGCCCUACCACCUGCGAGGGCACUGCCAAGUGCGUCGUACAAAACGACUUCUACUCUCAGUGCCUCAACAACUAGAGGGAGCUCUUGAAAGGGGAUGACUGGAGGAUAAUGGCGGAGAGAUUUGGAAGACUAUGAUUGGGGAUACCUUCUUGAUGUUCAUGUAUAUACCUUGACUUUGCAAUUCUAG